CUCUGGCGCAAUGUAGGUACUUCAAUAGGCUUUACAAUAUCAAUGAAAUCGUACCUUCUCUUGACGGUUGCAAUACUUGCUUCUGUAUGGGUGAUGGUAAAAUUGGAUGCACUACGAAGGCGUGUCCUAAAAGAGGCUGUACUCAUAAUGGAAAUAACUAUACACACGAAGAAAGUUUUUCUCGAGGCGACGGCUGUAACACCUGUAAAUGUUCUGAUGGGGAUGUUGAUUGCACUAAAGCCUAUUGUGCCCACUGUGAGGAGAAUGGUUUAUUUUAUGCUGUAGGGGAAUAUAUGAACCGAGACGAUCCCUGUCUGAUAUGUCAAUGCACAAAUAAUCCAUUCGACAUUACGAGUGCUAAAAUCGUGUGUGCCGUCAAAUAUAGUUGUACCCAAGCUCCGGGCCUCACUCCUUAACUUUCACCCAGUCCUGACAUGUGACUCCAAGACUGUAUCGCACAAAGAUAUUUUGGACAUUUGGAAUUUGAAAAUGGAACUCAUGAGAGAAUAUUCACAAAUUUAAAGAAACUUUUAAAAAUUGAAUUAUUGCCUUUACAUUAAUUAUGAAUUUUGUCAAAAUCAUUGAUGAGG